GUUUUAAAAAAUUUCAGCUAAUAUAGACGGAGAGGCUUUUUGUACAGUGAAUGAUACGUAGAAAUAUUAGCCUGAAGCUGUUUGCAUCUCUUCUUAUUGAAGAGGUGAAGAGAUUGUGGUGACUUUAUCAUAAACUUUAACAGCUAUUCUCUGGAAGCCAUAUUUAACUGGGAUAGCAAAAUCUCUAAGACCUUAACAUGUAAACACAACUGAGAGAACCGGUUUUCGAAAUUCGGUUUUCGCCAUUCGGAAGAUGUGUCGCAUGGAAACGUAGUGGUUGUCUUCUGAAGUUAAGAUUUGUCGUCGGCAAAGUGUCUAUGUAGGAUCUCACAGAUGUUCUGGCUGAGUGUGUGCUUUGGUUCGCGCCAUGAACAGAACGAGGGUUCUGAUUGGCUGAACCCCCCCUACUACAGGAAGCCCAAGUGUUAAGGAAGUGAACUGAACGUUGUAUGUACUCUUUCUCAUGUGAAGCGUGGUUGUAGGUGGUGGUGAAUCCUGGUUCAGCGCUGGUCAAUUUUUGGAACGAAUUGAUUAUCUCGACCAGGUGAUCUAUUAACUGCAGAAAUGGCUUUCAAUAAGGACCCGGACAAGCCAGGAGCGGAAGCCCCAACAAUUCAUCGUAUCAGAAUAACUCUCACGUCAAGGAAUGUAAGAAGUUUAGAGAAAGUUUGCAGUGACCUAAUAUUUGGGGCUAAGAAGCAGAAGCUACGUGUGAAGGGUCCUGUUCGAAUGCCCACUAAGAUACUGAGGAUUACUACUCGUAAGACCCCCUGUGGUGAAGGGUCAAAGACUUGGGACAGAUUUCAAAUGAGGAUUCACAAGAGAGUAAUUGAUCUCUUUAGUCCUUCGGAAGUUGUGAAGCAGAUUACAUCAAUCAGCAUAGAGCCUGGUGUGGAAGUUGAAGUUACUAUAGCUGAUGAAGGAAAAGAUUAAUUGUACCUGUUCAAAUGUGAAACUUUAAUAAAGAAUUUGAAAGUAA